GGCGGGGGCGGUGCGGCCAGGACUUUGGCUUUGACACGAACGGCGAGCUGGAGCUGUGGCUCUGGUGCUGGGCACCGACGCGGUCCUGGCGGAUCCCGCGUCCGAGCCGGGCGCAGGACUUUUCGCCUAGAUCAACGCAACUGCGGCGACGCCGCAAGUCCUGGUGCAGCCUCAAGACUUGGUGCAGCCACGGCGGCCGGAUUUCGCCGCCGCUGCCGCCUCCGCGCAGCCCUGCAGCUCUUGCCGGCUCCGGGAGAGCGACUCUGAGAGUUUCUCCCGCAGAAAGAGCCGGGACGCGCGGCCCGAGGCAGCCCAGCCACUGACCCACACACGCGCGGGCACCAGGAUUGGAGGCAGGGGGCCCGCGCAGUCCUGGGUUGGGCUCAGACUUCCGAGCCGCAGGUGGAAGGACGCCCCGGGAGAGCAGCGGAGAGGUGGCCAAGUGAAAGGUACUUUUGGACACCCUGGGCAUGGAGAUUUAGUGUUUGUGUUUGGUAACCGUUUCAUUCCCUGCAUCCUGAACCUUCCCUCCUUCUGUGCCAGUAAGGUUGUUGGGCUUCCUCCCUAGCCAGAGAGUUCUUCUGCGGGGUGAGGCCUUCCCAGGCCACUGACCCUGGCCGGCAUGGGGAGCACGCUGGGCUGCCAUCGCUCCAUACCGCGGGACCCCUCGGACCUGUCCCAUAACCGCAAGUUCAGCGCUGCCUGCAACUUCAGCAACAUCCUGGUCAAUCAGGAGCGGCUCAACAUCAACACGGCCACGGAGGAGGAGCUGAUGACCCUGCCUGGCGUGACCCGUGCGGUGGCUCGCAGCAUCGUGGAGUACCGCGAGUACAUCGGUGGCUUCAAAAAGGUGGAGGACCUGGCGCUGGUCAGCGGCGUGGGUGCCACCAAACUGGAGCAGGUCAAGUUUGAGAUCUGCGUGAGCAGCAAGGGCAGCUCUGCGCAGCACUCUCCCAGCUCCCUGCGGCGGGACCUGUUGGUGGAGCAGCAGCCUCACCACCUUGCCACGGCCGUGCCCCUAACCCCGCGUGUCAACAUCAACACGGCCACCCCGGCUCAGCUGAUGAGCAUUCGCGGCCUCACGGAGAAGAUGGCUGUCAGCAUCGUGGACUACCGCCGCGAGCAUGGGCCCUUCCGCAGCGUGGAGGACCUGGUGAGGAUGGGCGGUAUCAAUGCUGCCUUCCUCGACAGGAUCCGGCAUCAGGUGUUUGCAGAGAGGUCCAGGCCCCCGUCUACCCACACCAAUGGAGGCCUGACCUUCACCGCUAAGCCUCACCCCAGCCCUACCUCGCUAAGUUUGCAGAGUGAGGACCUGGACCUGCCACCAGGGGGGCCCACCCAGAUCAUCUCCACCCGCCCUUCCGUGGAGGCCUUCGGAGGCACAAGGGAUGGGCGGCCAGUGCUGAGGCUGGCCACCUGGAACCUGCAGGGCUGCUCAGUGGAGAAGGCCAACAACCCUGGGGUGCGAGAAGUGGUGUGCAUGACACUCUUGGAAAACAGCAUCAAGCUUCUAGCUGUGCAGGAACUACUUGACAGAGAGGCCUUGGAAAAGAACCGCCGUGUCCCCAGGACCCAGGCCACCUGGGGCAGCGAUGAUGAAACCGCCUGUAGGACUGCGGCGCUUAGUUGCGGAGAGCCCCAGCUUUGGAAUGCUUGUGGUGCCGUGCGCGCAUGCGCGUGCGCACCCACCAUCCCGUGGACCCGACGGCAGUUCUGUACGGAGCUAAACCAGCCUAUCCUGCCCAACAUCCGCAAGUGGAAGGGGCCUCGGGGAUGCUGGAAGGCCGUUGUUGCUGAGAUGCCCUCCACUCAGCUCCAGAAGGGGGCCGGGUUCUCUGGAUUCCUGUGGGAUGCUGCAGCCGGGGUAGAGCUGAGAGAUGCCACCUCGCAGGAAAAUUCGCCUGGUAAUGGGCACGGGAAGCCGAUGGGGCCCAGCCUGUACCUUGCGCGGUUCAAGGUGGGAAGUAAUGACUUGACCCUUGUGAACCUUCACCUGGCGGCCUUGACCCUCCCAGGGGGCGAGAAUCCUAGCAGGAAUCACAGUGACAGCCACCGUUUGGCUGGCUUUGUACAGACCUUGCAGGAAACCCUGAAAGGAGAAAAAGACAUGAUUUUUUUAGGGGAUUUUGGCCAGGGUCCUGACAGCAGUGACUAUGAUAUCUUGAGGAAAGAAAAAUUCUACCACCUGGUCCCUGCGCACACCUUCACCAACAUCAGCACCAAGAAUCCCCAAGGCUCAAAGUCUCUGGACAACAUCUGGAUCAGUAAAAGCUUAAAGAAGGUUUUCACAGGUCACUGGGCCGUAGUGAGAGAAGGCCUCACAAACCCUUGGAUUCCAGAUAACUGGUCCUGGGGCGGAGUGGCUUCUGAGCACUGCCCCGUGCUGGCUGAGUUGUACACCGAAAAGGAUUGGAACAAGAAGGAAGGCCUUCGGAACGGCAACGGGGUCCCCUUGGAGCGAAGUGAAGCCCACAUUAAGCACGAGCGAUGAUGGUGCCCAGUCUGUCUCUCCCCCUCUGAGCCUGGAGGGCCCCAGGCGAGGGAGUUCACCCUUCUAGGUGAAGACGCAGAGCCAGAACUGCGGUUUUGGUUUUCAGCUUGACACUAGCCCCUGGGCCUCGACCUGCCUGCCUUCUCUGUGGACGUUCUUGGACCAUCAGAAGCACAGUGGGGAACCGAGAUGUCUUGUAAUCUGGGGAUGCCGUCCCCCUCCGCAUAUGCGGGCAGGCUGCUGCCCCUGGGUGGCAGCAUGCACAGAAAGAACCCUAAUGGGGCUGACGGGGCAAGAGAGGGUGGUCUCAGGCCGCCAGGCCGGGUCUGAGCCAUGCCAGAAGCGCUCGUUUCUGACCACCGGUCCAUGAUGCUCUGGCAGCAGAUUGCAUAAAGCUUUUAACUGUGAGCUGAGCACUCUUCUCAAAUAUUUUGAGUGGUGACUUUUAGUUUUGUUUUGAAAAAAUAAACAGAGAUGAACCUGCCUGGUUGCAGUGAGCAUCCCGGGGGUGGGUUCCCGAGCUGCGGGUGUUCUGUGCCCACUUCCAGUGCCUCUGGGAGGCUGUGGUCCAGGAAGCGUGCUCCUUUACACCCCCCACUUCGCAGAGAUGCCUCUUACACCCCUGUCGAUCCCCUGAGGUCACCAGAAAAUCUUUCUAGGACCUUCUCCCUCCUAGCGUAUUCUUUAUCUUCUGACCCCUUUGCUAGACUGUCUUGUACCUCGAGCACCAUUUGUGCCCCCGGACAUUCAGCAUACGUCCCCUGGUGCUGGGCUAGAAUUCCCUCAGAAUGACCCCACUUCCUCCCUCCCUCCCCACCCACUCUCAUCUUCAAUCCGAUUCCUAGCCCAGAGCCGCCGCAUGGUGAUUCUGAGGACGAUCUGUUGAUUCUGGAUCUACAGGAAGCUAAGCCUGGGAGUAUUGAAAGAGGGUUCAUUUUUGUGGGGCUUGGGGGUGGGCAGGGGGACAUGCCCAUGCCAACGGCCCCUAGAUACCCCCUCCCUUAGCUGGUGUGGUUCUCCCUCAGGUCUCCUGUGAGACCAGAUUAUAACACCCAUUUUACAGCCAAAGAAACCAAGGCUUAAAGAGUGCUUAACCUUCUGCAGGUCACAUAACCGGUAAGUAAAUAGAUGGGAUCCAAACCCAGCCCAAAAGCCCAUGCCCACAUGUUCAUUCUCUGCUUGCCAACACCAAUGCCAUGAAAGCAGCAACACUGAUAGUGAAUGUGUGAAUCAUGAGCCUAGAUUAUGAGUUAUUCCAGGUCACCAUGGAAGCUCAGGGUUUAUUCCUCCCUCCACGCUGAAAACGUGGUGUGGACCAGUACCCAGAAACUGUUGUCGCCACACAGUGUGAACCCAGUGGCUUGGGGCUGGGACGAGAUGCAGUGAAAGAGGCUUCUUUUCCACCAAAGACCAUCUUUUGGACCACCCAGCUCCAAGGAGCAUCACUGACUGUGGGCCCAGGAGGGAAGUCCUCCGGGCGCUCCAAGGGUGCCUGGGCAUCAGCCGUGCCACUCCGAGGGACCAUCUCCAGUGGGAGGGAGCCAGUGAGCAGGGCCCCCGGGGCCAUCUCUCCGUUCUGCUGCACCAGCCGCACCCUUUACUGUCCCCAGACUUAGCAGGGGGUGCUCGGAAGAUGUCAAGGGAAGCAAAAUGGGCAUGGCCCUUAAGAGCGGGCUACAUUCUUCGUGUUUCUUUGGAUCUAAGUGUUGGAGUUCUCCCCCAGUGCUCCCGCGCAGAUACCGUCCCACUGGAGUGAGAGAGCACCCCGCCCGGCAGAGGUCGCCACCAUCUGGAAUGGGAGUUAACAAAACACUGUUUUCACAAUCAUCUUGGAUGAGUUUGAAGAUGAAGUUAGAAAAUGCUACACCAAAGCUGAAACUGGAUGAUUCUGCUACAAGGAAAUAUGCUUGAGGGGUCAAGAGUGGUCUUCCAAUAUCUGGUUAGUGUUGGCACAAUAUGCCCCAACCCUGCACAGAAUCUACAGGCCACACUCCAGCCAUCAUGACACAUGUGUGCGUGCCUUAAUGCUCCAAAGGGCCUGGCCUGCUACUUACCAAAGGUGAGAUGUGUGGCUUUGCAAGAACCACCGGGUGCCAGUUGGAAUAUAUCCUAUUUGCUGCAACAUUCUUCUUUGAGGCAAGCCCUUCUAGAUAUGUGAAUGAGAAAAAUCACAUAACCUAGCCUGCGUAAGACUUCCUAAAAUCAUUUCCUAGCAUGAAUGUGAACCAGACUUUGCUGUAUGCAUCUUUCAGUGUUAGCACCAUAUUUAAGCCUGAACUGAGGUAAAGAUAAACACUCAGAUAGCUUUGGGUAAAAAUUACAGUAGCAAUUUUGAAUGGGGUGCUUACAGCAGUGUUCUUCCUGAUCAUUAAAAUAAGUUGUUUGAAGAACCAUUUGAUCCCAAGUAUAUAUAUAUCCAAUAUAUAUCGAAAUUGAUAAUACAAAGCUAGGUGUAUAAGCUUUUAACAGAGAAAAUGCAGCAAAACAGAAUUCUCAUUUUUGAAAUUGAAACUAUGUCAUUAUUGGGUUGAUGAAGUCAAAGAUUUUGAUAAAAUAUACUGAGCCAACCUGACAAGGCCAGUUUGAUAUCAAAUAGCAAUGUCUAGGAAUUCCAUUUUUCAGAGCAUGGUCAAGUUUAUGGUAGACACUAGUCAAUAUCCAGUGCCUACAAGAACUACAUUAAUCUAUUUGUAUCUUGCUAGUCGCUCCAUUUAAUAAAAGGGAGUAGCUUCUCUCUUCCCCAACUAUUUUAAUCUAUGUAGACAAACCUUUCUGGAACUUUUAGUUAUCAUUUAUAUAAAGGAAU